AUGAAGGUCACUGCUGCUUUGUUCAUGAUCGCCGGCGCGGCCGUCGCCUCUCCCGUCCCGGCCCCGAACCCCGUCGCCGAGCCCCUGCCGAUGCCCACUCCCCCUGGCAUCCCCACCGCCGCUUCGGCCAAGACCCAACUCGCUGCUCUGACCGUUGCCGCCUGGACCAACACCGGCACCUACGACCGUGACCUGUUCCCCACCUGGGACACCAUCUCCGGCACCUGCAACACCCGCGAGACUGUGCUCCAGCGUGAUGGCACCAACGUCGUUGUCAACUCUGCCUGCUCCGCGACCAGCGGUACCUGGAAGAGCCCUUACGACGGUGCCACCUGGACCGCCGCUAGCGAUGUUGACAUUGACCACAUGGUUCCCUUGAAGAACGCUUGGAUCUCUGGUGCCGCAUCGUGGACCACUGCCAAGCGUGAGUCGUUUGCCAACGAUCUCACCCGCCCCCAGCUGUGGGCUGUCACGGAUGAGGUCAACCAGUCCAAGAGCGACAAGAGCCCCGACUCGUGGAAGCCCCCUCUGACCAGCUUCUACUGCACCUACGCCCGCUCCUGGGUUGCGGUCAAGAGCUACUGGGCCCUCACCGUCACCUCUGCCGAGAAGACUGCCCUCACCUCCAUGCUCAACACCUGCUAA